GAGGGGUCCUGAAGUGCAGGGGUUUCACUGGUCCUGGGGGCUCUCGGGGUUUGGGGUUCUGGUGGUCGGUGGGUCCUGGGGGUCUCUGGUCUGGUGGUCAUGGUCCUGGGUGCGAGGCUCCCCGGAGGUCCCUGGCGGGCCCCCUCCAGCCCCGUCCCCUCAGGCCGGCCAACGCCAGUGUUGGAGUCCGUUUUCGGCUGCUCUUCACGGGGGCUCCGCGCCCUGCGCUGGAGCUGCAGCUGCUGCUGGAGGGACUGGGGGUGCGGCUGCAGGGCGGGGACGUCCCCCUGCCCCCCUACGGCGCCAUCACGGGGGUGCAGCUGGCAGGCAAGCUGGGGGCACCCGACGGGAGGGGCGGCCCCAAGUGCGAGCCUCCGGUGAGGCACAUCUCAGUCUCCGUCUCGUCACCGCAGGCCGGCAGGGGGCGUCCUGGCCUCGGCCUGGCGGGAAGGCAGGCCGCUGCCCUGGGGGCACCUUUCCCUGCCUGGACGGCCAGUGUCUGAGCAAGACCAACCCCGAGUGUGAUGGCCAGCCCGACUGUGCGGACGCCUCUGACGAGGCCCACUGCGAAUGCGGGCAGCGGCGGGGCUGGCGCACAGUAGGCAGGAUCGUGGGCGGCGUGGAGGCAGCGCCGGGCGAGUUCCCGUGGCAAGUGAGCCUGCGAGAGCGCCAGGAGCAUUUCUGCGGGGCGGCCGUGCUGGGCCCCCGCUGGCUGGUGUCCGCUGCCCACUGCUUCAACGAGCUGCAGGCGCCCUCGGACUGGGAGGCCUACGCGGGCGGCACGCGGCUGGGGGGGGAGCCGGGCGCCCAGCUGGCCCCCGUGGCCCGCGUCCUGAGGCACCCGCGCUACGACCCGGACUCGGCCGACUUCGACCUGGCCCUGCUGGAACUGGCUGCGCCCCUGGCCCUGGGCCCCCGCGUCCAGCCCGUGUGCCUGCCCGCCGCCCCGCACCGCUUCCCGCCCGGGGCCGCCUGCCUCGUCUCCGGCUGGGGCUACCUCCGGGAAGGCCUCCGUAAGCUGCGGGCGGGCGCAGACGGGACAGACAGAAGGGAGAUGGGAGACAGAGAAGCAUGGCUAGGGGGACACAGCCUCCUGCCGGGGGAAGGGGGCGAGGCAGAAGGGCUGAGCUGGGCUACCAGGCCGUGUCCCCCGUCCGUCCGCCCCGCAGUGGUGAAGCCCGAGCGCCUGCAGAAGGCCACGGUGCAGCUGCUGGACCAGGCCCUGUGCUCGCGCCUGUAUGGCAGCGCUCUGACUGACAGGAUGCUGUGUGCCGGCUACCUGGACGGGAAGGUGGACUCCUGCCAGGGCGACUCGGGGGGACCCCUGGUGUGCGAGGAGUCCUCGGGACGGUUCUUCCUGGCCGGCAUCGUGAGCUGGGGCAUCGGUUGUGCGGAGGCCCGGCGCCCGGGCGUCUACACCCGCGUCACCAGCCUGAGGGACUGGAUCCUGGAGACCAUGGCGCCCGCGCCCAGCACCACCCAGCUCCCGGCCCCGCACACGCCCGCCGGGCCGAGCCCACUGGCCCCCGUCGAGCCCGAGCCCCCCGCGGCCACGGCCCCCAGGCCACAAGAGUGUGGGGCCCGGCCAGCCUUGCAGAAGCCCCCUCACAUCGUGGGCGGGUCCGGGGCGGCCCCUGGGGACGUGCCCUGGCAGGCCAGCCUGAAGGAGGGUGCCCGCCACUUCUGUGGGGCCACUGUGGUGGGGGACCGCUGGCUGCUGUCAGCUGCCCACUGCUUCAACCACACCCGGUUGGAGCUGGUGCAGGCACAGCUGGGCACGGCCUCCCUGGCGGGCAUCGGGGGGCGCCCCGUGAAGCUGGGGCUGCGGCGGGCGCAGCUGCACCCCCGGUACGACCCAGCCACGCUGGACUUCGAUGUGGCGCUGCUGGAGCUGGCGCGGCCGCUGGCCUUCGGGCCCUUCCUGCAGCCUGUGUGCCUCCCGCUGGCCAUCCAGCACUUCCCCGUGGGCCGCCGGUGCCUGGUCUCCGGGUGGGGCGACACGCAGGAGGGCAACGCCUCCAAGCCCGACCUGCUGCAGCGGGCGUCCGUGGGCAUCCUGGACCAGAAGGCCUGCAGCGCCCUGUACAACUUCUCGCUGACGGACCGCAUGCUGUGCGCGGGCUUCCUGGAGGACAAGGUGGACUCCUGCCAGGGAGACUCGGGGGGCCCCCUGGCCUGCGAGGAGAGCCCGGGCGUGUUCUACCUGGCCGGCGUGGUCAGCUGGGGGGUCGGCUGCGCCCAGCCCCGCCGGCCCGGCGUCUACACCCGGGUCACGCGGCUCAAGGCCUGGAUCCUGGGUGCCAUGGCCGCCCCCGCCGCAUCCCCCCCACCGGGGCGACCCCCUGCCACCACCCGGGGGCCCGGGACCACGUCCGCCGGCCCCCCGGCCGCACCCAGCACCCCCGCCUUGAGGACGCCCUCCCAGGAGCCAGGUGCCCGCCCCCAGACCACAUCGGGGCCUCCGCCGCCAGGCUGUGGCCAGGCCCCAGGCAGCUGGAGCCGGAUCGUGGGGGGCAGCGCAGCGCCCCCCGGGCAGUGGCCGUGGCAGGUGGGCCUGUGGCUUCGGGGCCGGGAGCACCGCUGUGGGGGCGCCCUGCUAGGGGGGCCCUGGGUCCUGACGGCCGCCCACUGCUUCGAUGCCGUGGGGGACCCCCGGCAGUGGGGGGCGCUGCUGGGCACCCCGUUCCUGGCGGGCGCGGAGCGGCGGCUGCGGCGCGUGUCCCUGGUGCGGAGGCACCCGCUGUACAACGCGCUCAGCCUGGACUAUGACGUGGCGCUGCUGAAGCUGGGCGGCCCCCCGGCGCCCGCGCACCCCGUGUGCCUGCCGCCCGCCGAGCCCCCCGCCGGCGCCCGCUGCGUCAUCACCGGCUGGGGCGCCCUGCAGGAGGGGGGCCCGCCGGCGCGGAGGCUGCAGCAGGCGGAGGUGCGGGUGCUGGGCGACCGGGCCUGUCGGCGCGCCUACCCGGGGCAGAUCAGCGGCCGCAUGUUGUGCGCGGGCGCCGCGCGGGGCGGCGUGGACAGCUGCUCGGGCGACGCCGGGGGACCCCUGGCCUGCAGGGAGCCGUCGGGGCGCUGGGUGCUGACCGGGGUGACCAGCUGGGGCUUCGGCUGCGGGCGGCCCCUCUUCCCGGGCGUGUACACGCGGGUGGCGGCCGUGCGCGGCUGGAUCCGCCAGAACACGCGGGACUGAGCGCGGGCGGUGGGGCAAUAAACAGCCUGGUCCCGGC